AUGCAGCAUCCGCUUCAAGGCCACCAGGACAAUCCCGCCCGACCCAGCAAGCGAGCCCGCAUUGAUGCCGCCGGGGCAUUGGGCCAAAGGUCCAGUGACCAUGCUCCGCCCCUUGCCCCACGCCAGCGCACGCGAGCAGCAAUCGCGUGUGUGAGAUGUCGUGACAGGAAGACGAGGUGUGAUGGGGGACGACCAGUGUGCGGGUAUUGCGCGAGGACCAGCUCGGCCUGCCAGUAUGAAAUCGGCGAUGGUGCCGGGGAACGGACAAUAUCCCAUGACAUGGGCAUCCAGAUCCUCCAAGCCAUUGGAGAGCUUACACAGUUGGUCAAGGGUAACUCACAGGAGGCCCAACCUCGCGAUGGCAACACCAAUGAGCAUACACCGAAGUCGGUGUUAGAUCUGGAACAAUCCUAUCAUACUGCCACAUCGACAGCCUAUCCACGAAGCCUGCGAUUCUCCGAAGGCCUUGAUAGUAUCUUCACAUGGCGUGUCUUCCCCUCGGGGCUCGACCCGAUCCCCGUCGAUGACGGGAAAUCUACGAUUCCCAUGCCAGACGAGCUCCCUCCUGUCACACUAUCGGAGCUCACCAGGCUCCAGACGAACUACCGCCAGGUGGUCCAUAGUGUCAACCCGAUACUGGAUCUCGACACACUGGAUCACUACGUCACGCACAUUGCCGAGAACGGGUUCGACUGGACGACGCGUGCCUGUCUUGUUGCACUCGUCUGCGCGAUCGGGGCGAUAUGUCACGAAAAGCCGAUUGAAACACCAGGGAGCCUUUUCACCGUGGCCGGAAACCAGGAUGAUGUGGAAAUAGCGUACCGGUUCUGGAGUGUUGCUUGCAAGAGAUUGGGGCGCGCGAUGAGCCAGAAGACACUCGAGUCCGCGCAGUGCUUGUGUCUCGCUGGCAUUUGGUUCAUGUGCAAUUUGCAGCCUCUGGAUGCCUGGAAUCAUUUCACCAUGGCGGGGAACUGCUGUUAUGCUACGUUGAUGGCCAGGAAAUCUCGGCGUCACUCAGAGCCUCAGACACCGCAGUCCAUGUCACAGGUAAUCGAGGACAGCAUCUUCUACACGGCGUACAAGUCAGAGCUGUAA